AUGGUUUUGCUGCCUGCUACAGAAAGUAGUGCCCUUCGAGUCGCGCAUUGUCUAAUAGGUGAAGGCUAUGGGCUAAAGACAAAAGUGGUGAAGGCAGCUCCAAAGUCUCCGGUGACUUCAGUUGUGUCUCAAACAAGUCUCUCAAACCAAAACCCCUCAUUCAUCCAUCUCUUCGGGCGAAAACCCCUCCACCACAUCUCCACCGAAUCACAGUCACCACUACGGCGUGAUAAAUUUUGGUUUCGGCGAAUGUCGUCAGUCGUGACCCUCCCAGUGGCCCACAUCUUUUCUGAUCGGUCGGGGGCAGAAAUAUAA